GUUUGAAAUAUAAAUAAAUAAAUAAAAUAACAAUGAAUAUCAAUAGAAAUACAACAAAGUUAUUACAAAAAACCCUUAACCAGUGUUCAAUAUUGAAUGCCACGCGUUUUGCCAGCAAAACAACAGCCGAGUACUGCAUUGAUUCUGUAAAAAAGUACGAUUAUGAAAAUUUUGUAUGUACGUUACUCUUGAAGAAUUCGAUAAGAUGCUCCGCUUUCGCCAUACGAAGUUUUAACGUAGAAAUAGCUCAAGUGGCCGAGCAAGUUUCUCAAGAGACGAUAGGCCAAAUGAGGUUGAAGUUCUGGGAGGAUACAGUAGAAAAAUGUCUAUCGAAUGAUUACAAAGCAGUGCCUAAGCAUCCUGUAGCUCAAGAACUAUUUAAAGCUAACAGUAGACAAAAACUAACCAAGAGAUACUUAAGGAAUUUAAUUUUAUCAAGAAAAAACUCGCUAGGUUUAACGAAUUUUAAUACAAUAGAGGAUAUAGAAAAUUAUUCGGAUCAUACCGUAUCGAGUAUUUAUUAUCUAGUCUUAGAAUCUUCAAACGUUAGAAAUGUCCAUGCAGACCAUGCUGCUUCGCAUCUAGGAAAAGCUCAAGGAAUUGUGCAGCAAAUAAGAAGUGUUCCUCACGCUAGACGCUUGAACUUUUUACCAAUACCCUUAGAUAUUCUAGUCAAAAAUAAAGUGGUCCAGGAGGAUGUGCUAAGAGGGAAGAAAAGCGAGCAAUUGACAGAUUGUAUAUUUGAAUUUGCCAGUAGGGCCUACCAGCAUUUAAAAAAAGCGAGAAGUUUAGCCGAAACCGUUCCACAAGAAGCUAAAAGUGUUUUUUUACCGGCUGUUCCCAUUUAUAUGUACCUGGACAAAUUGCAGAAAGUAAAUUAUGAUGUAUUUCAUCCAACAUUACAACGCAGAUCCUGGCAGAUGCUGCCUAAAGUCUGGUUAGCGAAUUUUAGAAAUGUAUAUUGAUUCAAGUUCAUAAAAUAUUUUUGUAGUUUA